CGUAGCCGUUCAGUAUAACACUGAUAAGCCGGAAAGUUGUAUGCCAUUACAUGAGAAAUUAUUCGCCUGUUGUUGCCAUUACGUUAAUCUUAGAAUUCAACCUCAAAGCUCACGUUUUCGUCCAGUCAUGAAGCGUGAGUUUAAUUGCUCCAUCAUUUUGUCUAUUUGGGCGAAACCACUCUUAAACUUCCUUCUUCCCAUAGUUGCAAGUUCAUCGUGAUCUUAAUCGUUUGCUCUAAUAAAAAGCAGUUCGCGGCUGAUAAGCUAUGGAGCGAUAAGCAAUCGGCACUAACAUUCUGCAUAUCAGUAUCAUCUUGAUUCACCGAGAAGGCAAAUUAGUUCAGUACGUUUGGUGGUUCCGGAUGAAGAUAUCCAUUCUAGUCAGAUCAGUAUUCUAUCAAUAAUCCCCUCCGCGAGCAUGGUAUUUACUGUCGAGAAGAUUCCGUCGCCGGAACAAUGGAAGCGGUCACAUUCCUUCGAAGAAGCUCUGGAACUAGUUGGAUUUGGCCGCGCUCAGGUACUUCUGGUGAUACUAUCCGGAUGCUCCAUUAUGGCAUCGAUCAACGAAGCAAUGGGUUUGAGUAUCAUUUUACCAGCCAGUCGCUGUGAUUUAUUGCUGGAUCCUGGCGAAAGUGGCAUGGUCGGUGGUGCCAUCUUCCUAGGUAUUAUGACAUCUUCCUAUUUCUGGGGCUACCAAUCAGACACCCGCGGUCGCUUGAUUGUUAUCAAAUGUGGACUGAUAGCGGCCUCGAUAUGCUCGGUGGCUUCGAGCUUUGCCAAUGACUUCGCAUCGCUAAUGGCACUGCGGUUCAUCACGGGUGUGUUCAUUUCUGCGCCAGCGGCAACCGUCUACGCCUACCUGGGCGAGUUCUGUACACCCGCAAGGCGAACGCAGAUGAUAUCCUGCGCUAGUAUUAUGGCAGCGCUGGGUGUAGUGUAUGUUGCUUUGAUUGGUUGGUGGAUGUUGUCCUAUGAUUGGAGUUUUACAAUAUCGGCGUCGAUGGAAUACAGACCCUGGCGAUUGUUGUUCAUCCUAUACACUCUACCGGGAUUCCUGGCGGCAAUAGCCUACAUUUUCUGUCCGGAGAGUCCAAAAUUUCAACUAUCAAAAGGCCGUCACGUGGAAGCUCUUGACAUUCUCAAACGACUGUACUGUAUAAAUCACAAAGUAAAAGACGCUGAAGAAUACAAAGUGAUAUCACUGCUUCCAGAAACUAAUGCAAAUCACGAACAGUCAAAGGGUAGAAUUAUUGACAUCCUUAAAUCGAUGAGGGAUCAAACCGUUCCACUCUUCAAACCGCCAUUACUAAAAUACUUUUUCGUCUGCUGCAUGCAUAGUAUCACUGCGUUUGCCAUCUACGGUGGUCUUGGUCUGUGGUUUCCUCAAAUCAUGAACCAAGUGACAUCGGGAAGUUCACCGGACGGAGAGCUCAUCUGUUCGAUUCUUGAGGUGAACAAAACAGCGGAAACAUCACAGCCUACCGUUUGCGAUGAUCACGUGCAGCAGGAAACGUUCAUUUACACUAUCAUACUAGGGUGCUUCGGUGCCUGCUGCAGCCUGUUCAUAUCACUUGCUUUGGGUAAAGUAAGUGGAAAAGCAAUGCUGGUAUUCAACACAGUUCUGGCAGGAGUGGCCGGAAUCCUGCUGCAAUUCUUUUCCAAUAGCUAUCUGGUGGCGAUCCUGUUCUGCGUGGAGAUUAUGUUCGCUGGAAUCUGCGUGAUGCUGGUGAAUGCUGCAGCUGUAUCACUCUUUCCAACCCAUGUCAGAGGCAUGGCGGUUUCCUUAGUCAACAUGAUCGGACGGCUAAGCUGUUUUGUAGCGAGUUCCGUUAUCGGGAUAUUCAUGGCGCAGAAUUGUGCGCUAACGUUUUACGUAUUAUCCGGGGUGUUAUUCGUUAGCGGAGGGUUGACGUUUUUACUUCCUAGAAGCUGAAACGGAUUUUACAAGCUAUUUUAGUAAAUUAUCGAUUUUCGGAAAUAUUUUAAAAGUUCGCUUUUUUCAAUGUCAAUA